CAUAAACUUCUGACGAUUCGACGGUAUGAUGGAGAUUUUGUGAUGCUAUGUAUCUGCUCUAACUUAUGUUUAUGGAACCGUGAACCUCUACAAAUAUUUCUUACACCAUGUCUUCCCUACGAACGUUGUCAACUGCAAGAAGAGCUCUUCGCUGUUGGCCGCCGAUAAACCUUGCGCGUACGAGCCGGACUCCGAUAAGAACCUUCCAAAAUUACGCAAAGCUCCAGCAAAUAUCACAGGUAGACGGAUCAAUCAAAGCGGGAACAAUGUCAAAGAAUAGUCGAGAGAAUGCAGGCGCUACUACGCCAGCUUUCAAUCCAACAUUGCCCUUCUUCUCGCUCACAGGAAAGACGGCAGUAAUUACUGGCGGAGCGAGAGGACUUGGCCUCGCGAUGAGCAAGGCGCUCGUUAUGAGCGGAGCUGAUUUAGCAAUUGUUGACAUAAACAAAGAUGAGGCAAAAAAGCAAGCUGUAGCCAUUGCGAGAUUAUUUUCAGAGACAUACCCCAAUCAAAAGACUCCCAAAGUAACAGCUCACUAUGCCGAUGUCUCCGCGAAAUCCGAUGUCGACGCUGCCAUUGCCGAAAUCCUCACGCAGCAUUCACAGAUCACAAAUCUGGUAACUUGCGCAGGCUUCUGUGAGAAUUGUGACGCCAUCGAUUUCCAGCCAGAACGGAUCAAGCGGAUGUUGGGCGUAAAUGUUGAAGGUACCUACUAUUUCGCGACAGGCGUUGCGAAGCACAUGAUGGAACGUCAAAUAGCCGGAAACAUGGUGUUUAUCGGAAGUAUCUCUGGCAGCAUUGUGAAUGUGCCCCAGCCACAGGCCUUGUACAAUGCAAGCAAAGCGGCCGUCAGGCAUUUGGCUGCAAGUUUAGCGGUCGAGUGGGCGAAUAAGGAUAUCCGCGUGAAUUGUCUAAGCCCAGGGUACAUGCUUACUGAAAUUGCCAUGGACGCUCAAAUUCUUGUCGACAACCCUGGAUUAAAGGCAGAGUGGGAAUCCAAAAUCCCCCAAGGCAAGAUGGGGGCACCAGAAGAACUCAUGGGAACCGUUGCGUUCUUAUCUUCUGCUGCAUCGAGGUAUAUCACUGGGCAAGAAAUAAAGGUUGAUGGUGGAUACACAGUUUGUUAAUACCAAUUCUACGAG